AUGGGAAUGCCUUUCUUGCGCCUCUUAACACCGUCCAUUACUCCCGUCGUCCGCAAGCCGAUCAAACAGCACGACAGUAGAUCCAUGGCGAACACCAAUCCGAGAAAUUGGACAACGGCGAACCAGCCUAUGACCCAGAAGCAAGCUGCCUGCAUCGCCAGAUUGGCGUUUUACCAACACAUCAAUAUGAACAUAGCGCAUUUGCGACACAGGAUCUCCAAGGCAGAUGCGAGCGAGCUAAUAACGAUGAUAAAUGCUGGUCGGGUGCCGUCUCAGCAGCAUCUGCUUGCGCUUGGACAGCAACAAAUUAUUCACCCGCAAGAUCCAUUCACUCUGGGGCAUGCGAACAAUCUCGCUACCCACGGUCAGAGAACGUACUUGACCGAGUUGUUGACAGAGCGUGGCAUGGUUGUCCACAUCAGAGAUGAUCUGACAGUCGCAGAGGCUUCGGUUGUCAUCGCAGCGUUGAGGAAGUUUUUUUGA